AAACGCCGCGUGGUUACCCGUGAAUUGCUUUUAAAGUCUCCCCCCACUUCCUCUUUUUCACCUCAUUUUUCUCACGCCUCUCUUUUCCUUUUCCUCCAUAGAGCCUUCCAUCACCACCACCUCAGCCGCCGUAGCCAGCGUUCAUUUGUUUCCAAUUAUUCAGAACUCCCAUUAACACUUUCUUCUCUUUUCUUUCUAAGGCCAAAAAAAAAAAGAGUAUAUUCAAGAGAAUUAUAUUAAUGGCUUCGUUGAUCUCAAGCCUCGAAUCGCAAGAAUUCAAGCAGAGGAAGAAGCGAAGAAAACUCACUGACCAAACGCAGAAUCACGCUCAAAACGACAAUACGAACAAUCGAACUAUCACCAAUCCAAGGUGGAAAACCCAAGCGGAGCUGCAGAUCUAUUCCUCCAAGCUUCUCGAAGCUCUCCGCUUAUCUCGUCGGACCUCUUCGACGGCGGCGGCUAAAGGCAGAGAAAUCAGAGAAACUGCCGACAGAGUCCUCGCCGUCGCAGGAAAAGGCACGACUAGGUGGAGCCGCGCGAUUCUGGCGGGAAGGCUCAGGUUGAGGAAGGUUAAAAAGGUUAGGAGAGUGAAGGUAACAGGUGAGAGCCGGUUGAGGAGGAAGGAGAUGGCGCGAGAGAGCAAUAGAUUACCGGUUUUGGAGGAUAGAGUUCGUGCUUUGAGCCGGUUGGUUCCCGGUUGUCGGAAGACAUCGUUUACUAGUCUUUUAGAGGAAACAAGUGAUUAUAUAGCGGCUUUGGAGAUGCAGGUGAAAGCCAUGACGGCUCUGACAGAGAUUCUCGCCGCCGGUGGCGUCGCACCGGUUAGUCCAACAAACUGAGUGAAUAGCCAAUCACAACUUGUUAGUUAUUCCAGGUGUUAUUACAAUUUUUAAUUUUAUUUCUUGUAUUUUCUUUAUUAAUUCAUGUACUUUAUUAUAUACAUGACUUUCAUCUCU